ACGGGUGGUUUGAGCGGCUGUGCAUUGUCAAGAACAUGGCGGCUUCCAGGCAGGCAUGAGAGUGGAUACUUCCUAACAAAUCGGACGAACCCGGGCUAUCCUCUCAAAACAAGACCAUCAAACAUCUCCCUGGAUAUAGCAACACCAUUUUCUAAAAGGACAUGACAUCCCCAGGUUCCACUGUGCCUGGAACCACCGGAGCUCCGCUGCAGCCCCGAUGGAAGCGGGUUCUGGGGUGGUCCGGGCCGGUUCCCCGGCCAAGACACGGACAUAGAGCGGUGGCCAUCAAGGAGCUAAUGGUUGUUUUCGGCGGUGGAAACGAAGGAAUCGUCGACGAGUUGCAUGUUUAUAAUACUGCAACGAACCAAUGGUUUAUACCGGCUGUUCGUGGAGACAUUCCUCCAGGCUGUGCGGCGUAUGGUUUUGUAUGUGAUGGCACACGGCUGUUGGCGUUUGGUGGAAUGGUGGAAUAUGGAAAGUACAGCAAUGACCUUUAUGAGUUACAGGCAAGCAGAUGGGAAUGGAAAAAAUUGAAACCAAAGGCCCCAAAAAAUGGGGCGCCGCCAUGUCCGCGUCUGGGACACAGUUUUUCUCUUGUUGGCAGCAAGUGCUAUCUCUUUGGGGGGCUUGCCAAUGACAGCGAAGACCCCAAGAAUAACAUUCCCAGAUAUUUGAAUGACCUUUAUACUCUUGAGCUUCGUCCGGGCUCCAACAUCACGGGUUGGGAUGUACCAGUCACGUAUGGAGUUCUGCCACCUCCACGAGAGAGUCACACUGCUGUUAUUUAUACUGAAAAAACUACUAAGAAGUCCCGUCUCAUCGUAUACGGAGGAAUGAGCGGCUGUCGUUUGGGAGAUCUUUGGACAUUAGACAUUGAUACAAUGACCUGGAACAAACCCGGGAUAGGGGGCGCUGCACCACUCCCCCGGAGUCUUCACUCGGCCACCAUAAUCACAAACAAAAUGUAUGUUUUUGGAGGCUGGGUUCCCCUGGUGAUGGAUGAUGUAAAAGUGGCCACACAUGAGAAGGAAUGGAAGUGCACAAACACAUUGGCCUGUCUGAACUUGGACUCGUUGUCCUGGGAGACCGUUUUAAUGGACACUUUGGAAGACAACAUACCCCGGGCACGAGCGGGACAUUGCUCAGUCGCUAUCAACAACAGGCUUUACGUGUGGAGUGGACGCGAUGGGUAUCGUAAAGCGUGGAACAAUCAGGUGUGCUGCAAAGACCUCUGGUACCUGGAGACAGAACGACCUAAUGCUCCUUCAAGAGUACAGCUUGUCCGAGCCAACACAAAUUCUUUAGAGGUUAGCUGGGGAGCUGUGUCUACAGCAGAUACGUACCUGCUUCAGCUUCAGAAAUACGAUAUCCCGACAGCCACUGCUGCCACCUCACCAGCCCUCGGCGCAGCUUCCUCUCUCCCUGGAAACUCGCCAAGGAGUCCAGCGCCCGCAGCAGCUGCUCCAUCUGCGCAGAAUCUGCCCCAGAGUGGCAUCACUCUCAUCCCGCAGGCUGCAUCCCCCACAGCCUCCGUCACACCAGGAAGUCCUCUGGCGGCCUCAACAGCUCGUGGCCCAGCUUUUCUAAAAGUUGCAGCCCCUCAGUCAGGCACCGGCACAUCGAUCGUCACCUUGCGACAAGCCGCCCAAGCUGGAAAAUCCCCAGUCACUGUGACAUCACUUCCUGCAGGUGUUCGUAUGGUCGUGCCAACACAAACAACCCAAGGAACGCCCAUAGGCAGCAGCCCUCAGAUGAGCGGAAUGGCAGCUUUGGCAGCAGCUGCCGCAGCUACACAGAAAAUUCCCCCCUCUGCCGGAACCACUGUUCUUAAUGUACCGGCUGGGGCCACAAUAGUCAAAACAAUGGCUCUUACGCCUGGAUCCACCACUCAUCCCGCCACUGUUAAAGUGGGAUCUCCUGUCAUGGUAAGCAACCCUGCCACUCGCAUGCUGAAGACAGCCGCUGCUCAGGUGGGCAGUCCAACAGUGUCGAGUUCCACUACAGGCGCUCGACCCAUCAUCACGGUGCACAAGUCAGGCACUGUUACCGUUGCUCAGCAGGCCCAAGUUGUGACCACUGUGGUGGGCGGAGUCACCAAGACAAUCACUCUUGUCAAGAGCCCACUUUCCAUGGGAAGCACUGGCACCCUGUUCUCUAAUUUGGGCAAAGUGGUGUCAGUAGUUCAGACCAAACCAGUUCAGACGGGCGCCUUGACUGGACAGGCCACCACCAAUUCACUGGCUCAGAUUUUACAGUCAAAGGGUCCCCUUCCUCCCGGCACCAUUCUGAAGCUGGUAACAUCUGCUGAUGGAAAACCAACCACCAUAAUUACAACCCCUCAAUCAGGGGUCACAGGAAACAAGCCCACCAUCCUGGGCAUCAGUGGCAUGUCUCCCGGUUCAACCGGCAAGCCGGGCACCACCACUAUCUUUAAAACAAUCCCCAUGUCUGCUUUACAACAUGGAGCUGCAGGUCUGACUAGUAGUACAGGGGUGAAGAGCCCUAUCACCAUCUUCACUACUAAGAUGAUGACAUCUGGAACUCAAGGCAAAAUCAUUACAACAAUGCCCAAGAUUGGCACAGCAACAGGCCAGCAAGGACUAACACAGGUUGUUUUGAAGGGUGCUCCAGGUCAACCCGGAACCAUUCUUCGCACCAUGCCAAUGGGAGGAAUGCGCCUUGUGUCUCCGGUAUCAGUGGGUGGGGUCAAGCCAACUGUUACCACACUGGUUGUCAAGGGAACGACUGGUGCAACAACACUUGGCACCGGCACAGGUACAGUUUCUACCAGUUUAGCAGGAGGAAGCAUAGCCAGUGCCAAUGCCACCCUGGCAACCCCUAUUACCACUCUGGGCACCAUUGCCACCCUCUCCAGCCAGGUCAUUAAUGCUACCGCUGUGUCUGCGGCUCAGAGCAGCCUGACUACGGUCUCAUCUUCAGCGCAGCCAACCCAGGUCACCCUCAUAACUACACCCAGUAGUGUGGAGGCUCAACCUGGCCAAGACCUGCCCGUUUCCAUCCUGGCCUCUCCCACCUCUGAGCAGCCCACUUCCAGUGAGUCUGGAGCAGGUGAUGCCGCUGGCACUGUUACGCUAGUGUGCUCCAACCCCCCUUGCGAGAUUCACGAGACGGGCACCACCAACACAUCCACCACCGCAACGGCAAAUAUGGGUACUGUGCCAGGCAGCACGGUCCAGAGGGUGUGCUCGAACCCACCCUGCGAAACACACGAAACGGGUACAACAAACACAGCCACCACAGCAUCUGCCAAUAUGGGCAAUGCCCAGACAGCCGCUGUUCAGAGGGUCUGCUCCAACCCACCCUGUGAGACCCAUGAGACGGGCACCACCAACACUGCAACCACAGCAUCAUCUAGCAUGGGUGGAAACCAAACGGGAACGGUCCAGAAGGUCUGCUCCAACCCACCCUGUGAGACCCAUGAGACGGGCACCACCAACACUGCAACAACAGCGUCAUCGAGCAUGGGUGGAAACCAAACGGGAACGGUCCAGAAGGUCUGCUCCAACCCACCCUGUGAGACCCAUGAGACGGGCACCACCAACACGGCCACCACAGCUUCAUCUAGCAUGGGUGGAAACCAAACGGGAACGGUCCAGAGGGUCUGCUCUAACCCACCCUGUGAGACACACGAGACUGGCACCACCAACACUGCAACCACAGCAUCAUCUAGCAUGGGUGAAAACCAAACAGGAACGGUCCAGAAGGUCUGCUCCAAUCCACCCUGUGAGACGCACGAGACUGGCACCACCAACACGGCCACCACCGCCACAUGCAGUAUGGAGACCGAUGAGGGAGAAGCCCAACAGAGUAGCGAAGCAUCAGAGUCCACCAGCAGCACAGAAGUCCCAACAUCAUCUGCGGCACCUCAGAGCCGAGCCAUCACCAUAGUCACACAAGCAACACCUAUACCAGGACCAUCUGUUCCAUCUAUCUCUUCCAUCACAGAGUCUUCGGAGGCAAGUGCCGAGCCUGUUGUUAUGGAAAGUUCCGAGGCGGAGUCCUUGCAAACAGAGGGUCAGGCUGAAGCAGAGGCGGUCACCACUCAGGCCGAGUUCCAGGCAGAGGCAGUGGCGGUGGCCAUGCCAAGCGACUUCCAGGGAGAAGCCGAGGCUUUGCCAAGUGACUUCAAGGGAGAAGCAGAAGCCAUGCAGGCGGAGAGCCAAGCUGAGACGGGCGCGCUGCCCAUGGAACAUGAGGCCACUUGUAUGGAAGAGGGAGAAAUGGCCGCAGAACAGCUACCAGCAGCAGAGAUGGAGGGAGUAGAGGCAGCAUCAGCGUCCCAGGAUGCCGAGGCCUUAGCCCUGCCACCCGAGCUAAUGUCGGACGGGCAGUCCACAACGCUGAUGGUGACAGGUUUGACACCGGAGGAGCUGGCCGUCACGGCGGCCGCAGAGGCAGCGGCCCAGGCUGCAGCUACAGAGGAGGCACAGGCGCUCGCCAUCCAGGCUGUGUUACAAGCAGCCCAGCAGGCUGUUAUGAGUUCUGGUGAAGGCGGAAGAGAUGACCAGCAGACCCAUACCAUACCCAUCAUUCUGACUCAACAGGAACUGGCCGCCCUGGUUCAUCAGCAGCAACAGCUCCAGGCAGCCCAGCAACAGGCCGCCGCCCAGGCAGCUCUGCCCACGGAGGGCUUGGCUCCGGCCGACAGCCUAAAUGAUCCAUCUUCAGAGAGCAAUGGACACGGCGAGAUAGCAGCAGCAAGUGCAGUGGCCGGACUGCUGCCACGCACCACCACAGAAACAUUGGCUCCAUCCAGCACUUUAGCACCUGCUGUAGUCGCCAGUCCAGCCAAGAUGCAAGCAGCGGCAGCUCUGACUGAAGUGGCCAAUGGAAUUGAGGCUCUGAAACAAAAUCCUCCCACUGUUACCGUCAAACCACCAGUUAAGAAAGAAAACCAGUGGUAUGAUGUUGGCAUUGUCAAAGUAACCAACAUGGUUGCAACACAUUUCUACAUGCCCGCAGACGACUCCGCUUAUGUUGAGGACGAUUCAGGCACAACUCCCGACUACACUCAGAUGAAGAGGGUGGAGCUUCAGCCCGGGACUGCCUACAAGUUCCGUGUGGCGGGUAUAAACACCUGUGGUCGUGGCACCUUUUCUGAAAUAUCUGCUUUUAAGACCUGCUUACCAGGAUUCCCAGGGGCACCGUGUGCUAUAAAGAUAAGCAAGAGUCCAGAUGGUGCACACCUUACAUGGGAGCCUCCAUCCGUGACAUCAGGAAAGAUCACGGAGUACUCUGUGUAUUUGGCCAUCCAGAGUAGCCAGACCACCGAGGCCAAAGCCUCUACCCCAGCCCAGCUGGCUUUCAUGCGUGUUUACUGUGGGCCUAGCCCCUCCUGCCUGGUCCAGUCCUCCAGCCUGUCCAACGCCCACAUAGACUACACCACAAAACCUGCCAUCAUCUUCCGCAUCGCAGCACGCAACGAGAAAGGUUACGGCCCAGCUACCCAAGUGCGAUGGCUUCAAGAGUCGAGCAAAGAUGGCGUCUCUGCAAAGCCUGCCCCAAAAAGAGCAGUUUCUUCACCAGAUGCGAAAGGGAUCGGUCUGAAAAAAGCAAGAAUGGACCAGUGAUUCAGCCUCCAAAACAAGAAAUGCUCAUCCUUCCCAGCACACCAUCAUCACAAGUGCAAACAUCAAGCACACAGUCUGAAAGAAACUGGGCAAAAUUUUCCUUUUUCUCUAUUUGAAUCGAUUGGAGAAAUGCAUUUACAUUUUUGAGUAUUUUUCACUGAAGCAGCAUUAUAUGGAGUGUGGAAAAAACAAUCGCUUUUUCUAUUGUAGUCUUCCUUUCUGCUCCCCCAUUUUUUUCUGUUUGUUGUUUUGUAAGGUGUUCGUUUUGCUAUCAGCUGGGCUCAGAUGAAGUUGCUCUUGUUUCUGUGAUGGACUUCAACAGUGAACUUUUCGAUCACGUCAAGUCAUGAUGUCAUAUUCAUGUAGGGGGAAAACAAACCAAGCACUUGUUCUCAGACAAGAGGAUUUCCACUCAACGGAAGUAUAUUGUUCAGUGAAAUAAGAGCUGCACAAAGAUUCAAUUUUGGACUCCAGUGUGCUGGUGAUGUCAUCACUGCACAACUGCAGAUAAAGACAGGGCAAAGGAAGUUCAUUACUGGCUGGACAGAGACUUUGCUAGAACUGAGAUUUGCCAUACAAACAGAAAAAAAAUAAAAAAUGAAAAAAAUCGAAAACUUCCCAAAAAAUUAGUGAGGAGAUGAUGGAGAAGAUCUUUUCUGUAGUUUAUUUUUGUAUUUUUAAAGUUUUUCUCCUGUGUGUGUAUGUCUGUGUGUUUUUUUUUAACUCACUACUUUUUUUUUUUAAAUCUUGUUCAUCCCCCAUUGGUUCGUGGAUUUGAGGGAAGUAGGGCUUUUGGAGGGGCGAUGCUUUUGUUUGACUAAAUUGUAGGCUAAAUGAGAAUCAUAUGUGUGCAAAAGCCAAGUGUUAAUAUGCUAAAAGAACGUUAACAAUUUGACCAUCCGAAGGGCUUUUUACUUUGUUUACUGCAUAUUUCCACGCUGGUUUUCACUUUGUGUAUGCCAAACUUAGAGAUGUAAAAAUCGUAAAGCAUUGUUAAACUUUUUGUUCACCAAAUUGCCAUGAAACAUGAACCCUUCCUCUGACUUUCCUUCCCGACUUUUUCACACAACAUAACUGUAGAAUUUUCUCUGCCCUAGAUUGUGAAGGAAGUUGUCCAUGUGAAGAUGAAAAAAAUUCUGCCUUUUUUCUUUGAUUAUUUGAAUGGUAUGCAAGCUAAAUGUUUAUUGUAUACUUGUAUGGUCUCCAUGUGGGUGAGGAUGGAGGUUUUCAUUCUUGGUAAACCCAAGUAUGGAUUCGAUUGUAAUAUAGUUCAUACUGCAAGAGGUAAAAGAUGACAUCUUGGCCUUUUUAUAUAUUUACCUGUAACAAAAGUUUUUACAUGUUGUCAUCUCCUGAUUGCCUUUUUGUCUUGACUUAUAAAAGAUACAGAAAUAUA